UUGCAGUUGGAGCAAGGUUCGCUUUUCAUGUGUCAGGGACACAUGACUCUCGCAGAACAAUGCUUUUUAUGAUCAUGAUGUAAUUGGAAGGAAUGUUUAUUGUUGUGCAGGAGUGAUCAUUUCUUAAGAACAAACACAAAGCAGUUGUCUCCAAUCCUCGGCUUUCAUAUUCUUUGCAGUUGGCGCAUACGUCUGCUGAGGCGUGCAACAAUCUCGGCGUCCUUUACCAUCGCGAGCUUUGUGACGUGAAACUGGCCUUGCAGUACUAUGAACGGGGGAUGGCUUUAGAAAAGAUGAACAAGUAUUAAACGAGUAGUCCUUCAAGAACAUGACAUCACAUGUCGAUGUCAACAUGCUUCUGCUUACUGUACGCCACAAAUACACGAAUAUGUCAAGUAGCAAAACUAUAACAACUUGAAGUGAACGUUAGCGUUACGUUUCAGUGUGAAAAUUUUUCUUGUGGGG